AUGGGGGAGUUAAGCUCUUUUCUUGCCAUAGAAGAUGACAUGAGUAGCCAAGGAAUGUUUCUUUCACAAAGAAAAUACAUUCAAGAUCUAUUGAAGGAAUAUAAACUUGUGAACCGUAGGCCCCUGAAGCUACCUAUGGAUUCAGAUCUUAAACUCACCAGUAAUAUAGGUGAACCUAUGAGCCUGAGCCAUAUCAAAAUAAAGCUCAUAGGUAAGCUCAUCUACUUGACCAUCACUAGGCCAAACAUAGCUUAUAUUGUACAUGUACUAAGCCAGUUUAUGCACCAGCCAACAUCUGUACACUUUCAAACUGGGAUCAGGGUCAUAACAUACCUUGUUGGAUCCAAGCAACAAGGCACUUUACUUACAAGUAAAACAAAUGCAACACUUUCUGCAUUCUAUGACAGUGACUGGGCUGGAUGUCCUGUCACUAGAAGGUCCAGUUCAAACUUCUGUGUGUUGCUAGGAAGCUCACCUAUAUCAUGGAAGGCCAAGAGGCAAUCAGUUAUUGCUAGAGGUAGUUUAGAGGCUGAGUAUAGAUCAAUGGCUCUCACUAUAUGUAAGGUUAUGUGCUUGAGACAACUACUCAAGGAUCUUGGUCUUCACCAACUCAGUAUCACACUUAUUUGUUAUGAUAAUCAGGUUGCCUUGGCCAUUGCAGCAAAUCUGGUUCACCGUGAGAGAACCAAACAUGUUGACAUUGAUUGUCAUUUUAUAAGAGACAAAGCAUUUGAAGGUGUGAUAUCUCCUACUUAUGUUUAUUCUAACAAGCAUCUUGUAGAUAUUUUUACAAAAAUGCCUUCCAGUCUCUCAACAUCAGACUAUACUUCACAAGAUGGGAGUUCUAUUUGA